AUGUCCGUGGAGGAAACCCCAAAAGAGACAGAAGAAGAAGCAUGCCAUGAAGACGACGAGCAACGCAGAAUGAGUUCCGUCUACAUGAUGUAUUCAAUGGGGAAAGAGACCCCAAAGACAAGAGAGGAAUCCACAGACAUGAUGUAUGUGGACCUCGUGGUAAAUGGGAGGAAUGCUCGAGCCAUGGUAGACACCGGUGCCUCUCACAACUUUGUGACCGAAGCAGAAGCCCGCAGAUUGGGGUUAGUGCUCAAGAAAGGAGGCGGUAGCAUGAAAUCCGUCAACUCCAAAGCCAAACCGAUUCUCGGUGUGGCAGAACAGGUGGAAGCAAAGUUGGGAGAUUGGAAAGGAAAAAUGAACUUCACUGUCGUCAACAUGGACGACUUCAACCUUGUACUUGGAUUGGAGUUCCUCCGCUCCAGAAAAGCAGUUGUAAUGCCUCAUUUGAAUUCUUUGCUUGUAGCAGGUGGACAAACUUGUCCAGUUCGAAGUACAUGUACUCCCACAAAGAUAAAAGAGAAGGGCCGAUUUCUUUCGGCAAUGCGAGUGAUGGAGCCACUCAGAAAGGCGUCAUCCCAGAUACCCCCUCGCAUCAGAAACAAGAAACAAGAUACAAGCUCAAGCCAAGCUGCUCCGAGCCAGAAACCAAAAACAAGGAAGACUUGGAUUCACACGAUUCACCAGCCUAUCAAGACACAACAAGAUUCAAGAAGACUCCAGCAACCGCCAUCAACCAACGGCGCAGAGAAGACUACAGAGUUUAGAAUAGGAGCUUUUUCUUUCAUCUUUUGUAACUCUUGUAAGUCGACGAGGGCGUCGACAGCUUAA